CGCGCGGUGCUGGGCUCGUGGAUGCGUCCAUCCUCGCGCCGCCGGGUUCCCGCGUGGCUGCUCGCGCUGCCGCUCGGGAGACGGGACUGCGCGCUCCGCGGCCGCCUGGAGAUGAUCUCCUUCUGGCUGCUGUGUUGGAAGCUGCUGAGAGCUACAACUGGACUCGGUAGAACAGCAGGCGAGCUAACAGACGCAAGCUACGACGCUGACGGUAGCCGUGACGACGAGCACCACGACAACGAUAACUUCAGUAACGGUCCCCCACCUUCUCAGGAACCUGUCACCAUGGAGAUCAGCUCCUCACCUCCUCUAUUGAUGGAUCUGGAGAGAGAAAACCUCCAGAACUACAAAGAAGAUGAGGAAGAGGAAGAAGAACUACAAUACCCAGAAGUCCAGAAGGUACGGCAGCCAAUCAGCAAUGUGCAGGAGGACAAUUGCGACUAUUUGGUGUUUGAAAUCAGCAACAAGAAAGUGGUUGAAGAAGAUGAAAAUUCGGAAGACACCGCCGACGAUUUCUGGACAACAGAAAUGGAGACUAGAGAGGAAGUAAAACAGGAAGCUGAAACAAAUAACCAAUCGGAACUAUUGUUUGAAUCAAGAGCAGAAGACAGGGUCCAAUCAGAGCCCAGGUUCCUGCGUGACUCUGACAAUGUAUGGAGUCAAGAGACGGGGCUUAGGGAUGACCUCAGUGACUGCCUUCAGGCCGAACUCGCCUUGGUGUACUCGGACAGCGACGCCGGGGACGACCAGUGGGCUGCCUCCCUCAACGGUGAUGUUGUCAGCCAAACAGGAAAAGAUGCAGAGGGGCGGAAAGACUCACUGACAGGCCAUGAGGAGGUCCCAGCAGGGGAGGAGCGCUCAGAGAAGCCCAGUCAGAGCUGUGAUCAUCCUGAGAGGAGUGACUCCAGAGAGGAAAUGGCCUCCAGGAGAGAUAUGUUCCUCCGAGGCUCCUCCACCAGCUCUACCACCAGCUCCACUGACCCCGACAGAAAGCUCUCUGACCUCAGCAUGCAGCAGGGCCCGCAGAGCGAGAACGUCUCCACAGAGCACCUGGACUUCCUGUUGGCGCGUCAACAAUGGAAGAAGAUGGAGGAGGAGGUCAAAGGUCGGCCUAUUCCCAAGCCAGGGCUGAGGGCUCAGGGCAGCUUCCAGGGCACCCACACCUCCCUGUACCCCCCCACCCGCAGCCCUCGCCUCAAGCACAGGGAUGUUCAGGCAGCCACAGCCGUCUCCCGAGAGCCCCCCCUGUCCUCGGCUCUGUCCUCCGUUCUGUCCCCAGGGUCGGAGGACUCGGGCCUGGAUGAGUCGUGGUACCGCAGCCCCCUGGAGGAGCCUGAGUCUGCGGUGGAGCGAGAGAUCCGGCUCACACUGGAGAGAGAGGAGAAGCACCGCAGGGAGAGGGGGCUGAUCCAGAAGGGCAUCGCACUACCACGGCCGUCCUGUCUGCAGACCAGCCGCUCCCCCCCUCGCCCUCCUGCCUGUCGGACCCCCACUCUGUCCGUGUCCCCCUCCUUUUCCCCCUCCUGCUCCACCUCUGUGCCCCGUAACUACCAUGAGCUCACUGCUAGCAACGUCAUCAUACUGGAGCCUGACACUAGCCCUGCCUCCCGGUCCCGUCUCAUCUCAACAGCCACCGGAGCACUCUCUGAUUGGCCCAGCAGCACCGCCAACGUGGUUGUUGUGGAAACCUCAAAUCUGAUCAUCCGAAGUGCGUCGGAGUUCUGCCUCAACACUGCUCCCGUCGGCCCAGAAACACAGGAGAGCACAUUUACCUCCAACCCCUUCUUCAAGCUGCGUUCUCUGAGCAGCCAGUCCCUGGUAGAGCAGGAGAUCCGACUGGUGCGGCAGAGGGAGGAGGAGUGGAGGAGGCAGAGGGAGGACGUCUUCAGAGGGAGGAAGGAGAAGUAUCACACUGUGCUGGUGUCUCCGGCCCUCACCGACAACAUCAGCAGCAACGUCCCAGAGGUUGCAGACAGAUGUGUGUCGUCCCCGUCCUCCCCCUCCAGGGCUCGUAAAAUGGAACGCUCCAGCCUGUCAUGUGACCACAAGUUCCCCUCCAGCCUGUCAUCAGUGCCCAGACGACAAAACGCCAUGGCACAGCGGUGGGAGGCAUCUCUGCUGGCCAAUCAGAAGAAAGACUGAGCUGCAGGGAGCCAAUCAGAAGAAAGAGUGACUAUACUUACUCCGCCCACUUUUCCUCAUUCAGCUCCUCCUUUCUUUACCAGCAAUUGUUUAAGCAUUGGUUAAUAUUAUAUAGACAGUACAACAGGUGGAGCAAUGGACCAAGAUAUUGCUUUUUAAACACUAGGUUUAAAUUAAAGAUGUUUUGCCAGUAAAACAUAUUGAAAUGUCCUAAUGCAUUAUCAAAAAGUAACAUCCUGUACUUUGUAGCAUUUAGCCUUUAGCUCAUGUAGCACUAAUACCAAGCCAUUAACCUAUUGAUACUUUGCAGUGACAUCACUCCUGGGGGCUUGUAUGUCUAUAGGAUUGUUCAGCAGAUACCACGGUGAUGCCUUUUUAUUUUAUCAGAAUACAGAGUGGAUUUAAACACAUUUUAAGAAACCUCUGUUCCAUAUUUGCGUUCAUAGUGCCGUUUAGAUGUUUGACUUUACACAAAAAAGGUGAGAGUGACUAACUGAAAAACUAGCCUGUGACUGUAAGGCUGUUUGAGAAGGACUUGUUUAACAGCACAAAUCAGUGCACCUGUUGUAGUUUCAGCUAAGUUUAUGGUGAGAUUGUGUUCGAACAAAGCUCAAAAUUGAGUAACACAGCUUCAGAUAGAGCAGUGCCUCAAGUUAGUUUUACACCACCCCACCCAAGGGAAUGUUGAUGGCAUCAGCUGCAAAGUAUCAGUAAUAAAUCUUCAUAAAUUGCCACUUAAAUGAACUAGUGGCUAAUCCUCUUCAUUCAUUAUAGGCCUGUAUAUUUUAUUUAUUUAUUUUACAAAGCUGAUAACACAAUUCAAUAUAACCCACCUUCAGUACUGGUUCUUUGCUUCACUCAUUUUGCUGCCUAUUUAAUGAUAUAGUAUUUGUUGAAAUGAAAUACAUACAUGCCCAAAAGUAGCCAUAAUUCACUGCCAGUUCAACUUAACUGACUUAAAACUAAAUUUUAUAAACACUUGGGCACUUUAUCUUUAUUAGGAACUGUACCAUGACCAAUUUAACAAUGUCCAUUAUCUAACCAAAUACAUUCUACUCCAUUGAUGUCAUAUUUACAGCACUUUAUCUGAUAAGCAAUGAGCAUCCUGUACAUUUUCUAGCUAUGUAUUCCUAUUUAUUUGUAAUGUUAUUGAUAUGUUGACCAUGCUAACGCUAACACCCGGAGUCCAGUGUGUAUUUUUACAUAUUUAUACGUCUGUUUUACCCUCAGAGAAGUAUAUUGUAUUGUAUUUUUGCUGCAUACAGUAUUUAUGAAAUUAGCAAUGCUUCAAAAAAUAUGGUAUUUUAUUGUGUAUGGAUGAAGACAUGAAAUUUGUGAUGGAGUGAAGAAAGCUAAUAACGUUGUCAGAUUUUGUUCUAAUUUUUAUUCAUUUUGGUUAGAGGUUAUAGGUCAGGGUGUGUUCAAGUCAACUCAGAAACAUGAAUUGUUGUGUAUUUUAAAGUACUUGUAAAUCUAAAUCUUUAAAAAUAACCAUGAAAAUUAAUACAAAACCACAUUUAUUGUUAUUUUAUUUUUAUUAUGUUAUUAUAUUUUUGUAAAAUCAUUCGCAGUCAAUACAAAUUCUCAAUACAUUUCACACAAUACAUGGCUAAAUAUUGACAAAUAUUUGACACAUUUUUUUGAGAUGGACUGAAUGCACCAAACAUUAGCAGCUAGAAUAGUAUUUUUUCUUUAUUUUUGGUUUAGAUUAGCUAUAGCCACAUUAUCUUGUGUAUUUCUGUUAAUGUUAGUUUUAAACAUUUAGUCAUACGCAGUUACGCACUAAGUGUCCUGAUGGUCAUUAUUUAUUCUUUCUUCAUGUAUUUAUUUCAUUUAGUUGUGUGUAAUUUAUUGCCAAAUGUAAGUGUGGUUACGAAAUGCAAUAAAGGUUGAAUUGUGAGUGGAACUGUGAUUGUGCUAUUUAAACUAUAGACUCUAUGCACAGACGGAAACACAGAAAGUACUAAACAUUUUAUACAAUAUUUCAGUUUUAUAUAGGCUACCCCCUUUUGAUAACUGUGGCCUAAAAUUGCAGUAUGUAAAGUUUUUAGUGGAGGGUUCAUCACUAACUUGUCUCCAUGGAAAUGUUACUGGUUUUCCUGAAAUG